CACGCAUGCGCACUUCAGACACUUUACUACAAUUACCACACACACACUAACGGGUCAAAAGGUUUAUUAAGAUAUAAUAAUUAAAAUGUUCAUGUGGACAUGUAGCACAUUUUUAUUGUAAGUGAAUGAUAUUAAGGGAAACAUCAGAUUAAUAAAGAUCACAGAGCGGUUACUUUUCAAAUCCCGUGCGCACGCGCAGCUCGAGUUAAAUUUAAAUCCCACGCGCAUGCGCAGUAGCGGCUUUUCUUCAGCCACACUGCGCUACAUUGUGCUGCCGGAGGAGCGGAGCUGUUUCUCGGUGACGGUCGCUGGACAUCCGCGCAGAGCUCCGUCUCCUCAACACCGCGCUCCAUAAAGUGCCUCGUGUUUGUUUCCUUUUGCAUUCCGGUUCAUUUCGGAGCCUUAAAUGGACCCCAGAGUGGCGUGGAUUCAGCCUGAGCAGAAAGGACCAGCCAACGCGCUGUGGAUGCACAUCUGGGAGACAUCACAUGGGUCACGGAACUCCAACACCUCACACAACCCUCUGCUGAUGAAGACCUACAGCUCCAUCAGCCCUCAUCACGUGAUGAAGACCUCCAGCUCUAUCAGCCCUCAGACCCUUCAGGUGAUGAAGACCUCCAGCUCUAUCAGCCCUCAGACCCUUCAGGUGAUGAAGACCUCCAGCUCUAUCAGCCCUCAGACCCUUCAGGUGAUGAAGACCUCCAGCUCUAUCAGCCCUCAGACCCUUCAGGCGAUGAAGACCUCCAGCUCUAUCAGCCCUCAGACCCUUCAGGUGUCGCCCACUUUUAUUCUUCCACCUCAGUUUGAUCACCGCAGUCUGACUGCACUGAAUGGCACUUGUACAGGAUCAGUGAAGACAAGUUCCUCACCUAAAAAUGGCUCCUUAUCUCCGUCGUCCUGUUCUCUGGACUCCGAGACGGACAGUCCCAAAUCAGACUCUUGUGACAGCACAAACACCCACCAUCUUCAUCCUAGAGUCUUUUUCAGCUUCAAUGAACAGCACAACAUCAAUGACUAUUUACAUCAGCACCAACAGCAGCAUUUGCAUCUCCAAGCACAUCUUAACCAACACCAUCACCGCCAUCCAUCCCAGAACUUCCCUCAAGUACCUGACCACAACCACCACCACCACCAUCCAGCCAGGAAGAAGGGUGAGAACAAGACCAGCACGUGUGGGGUCAAUUACCUGCUCACCAACUCCAACGGUAACCUCUUCUGCCCUGGGACGCCAUGGAAGACCAGGAGAUAUAGUCCAGGAGUGAACGGCCUUCAUGAAGAGAUCGUGGACUUCUAUGCCUUCAUGUCCCCCCGGCCUGAGGAAGAGGCCAUGAGGAGAGACUUUUCCUGUUAGUGGUUGAAUUUUGAAAAUGUUUAACCCUUAAAUCAUGUGUUUAGAGUGCGAGGCACAGCUUAUGAUGACAAUCACACAGACAGCAGCAUGUUUGUCAUUACUUUGUAUAAAACUGCUAACGUUACUGCUAACGCUAACUCCGGGUACGUUCACACGUCCCACUGACAACGUGACCAGAGAGUUAAUUAUAAACGAGACCGUCGGUGACGAGAUGCGUUCAUGUCGUGUGACGUGACAAAGCUGAGAAACGUUGAGCAACUCUGUGUACUGACUCCUUCCUGAAGGUUUCAUUCUGUGGUAAGAAAACUGAUUUGUUGUCAAGAGCGAGAACACAUUCAGGAGUCUUCAUCACUGUACGUGUGAAUACGGGAACGUGAGUGUUAGUUAGUGGACGUUGCUUUCCAUCCAUCAGACGUACGUAUGUAAUGUUCUGAGUUUUGUGUUCCAGCAAACUUUAGUGUCUUUUAUUUUGAAAGAGAUUUCAUUUGAAUGUAUUUAAUUAUUUUUGUAAUUUUAUGUUUUUCUUAUCAAUCCAUAUAAUUUUCAUUUUUUUAUAUAGCACAAGGAAAGAAAACAAUGUACUUUGUAAAAAGUUAGUUUACAUUGGUGUGACGUCACUUAGAGGCGCUGUUACGUCUGACUCUCAGUUCUACAUGUGACUGAAGAGAGUCAGGUUGGUUUUGUUGCAUCUCUGUACAACGAGUAAUACAAAUAUAAAAAUAGUUAAAAAUAUUAGUUGAUAUUAAAGUUAGAAGUGUUAGAAAGAUGGAUUGAGUUUAGAUUUUUGAUUUUCUAUGAGAAGUUAGACGCAUUUCAAGUUUUAGAAAUGAACGGCCUUAAUUUGUUUGUUUAAUGUUGCCGCCCGCGUGGAAAUUGAGUGCGAGGUUUUUCCUUUUAAUAUUCGUUUUAAAUACAAAAUGUUGGUGGAUUGAGUCUGUAGGAAUGUUAUGUUGUUUAUUUUACUUUAAUUGGGUGUUUGUAAAUUUUAUUUAAGUCGUGUAUUUUGUAUAUUUAGCCAACUGAGACCCAGAAUUUAAGUAUGCAGUUACUGUGUUAAUGGAGGACAGGGAUUAAUCUGUUUGUCUCACAUCCUUCAGACAGACUGUUGGUGAGAGGAUGUGUGUGUGUGUGUGUGUGUGUGUGUGUGUGUGUGUGUGUGUGUGUGUGUGUGUGAGAUCCCGUGUCUUUUGUUUAAUAAACUGCAGGUAUGUAAACCACAAACCACUAUACGAUCACAUAAUUGAGUGAAAUUGGCUAAAUAUUGUCUGAUAAGUGUGUUUCAUGUGUAAUGUAAAGGAAAAGUGUACAUGUUGAGUUAAUUUUAUUUUCUAUAAUUUUUAUGUAUAUUUGUGUAAGAAAUGUAAGAGACUAUCAGGUGGACUUUAUUCAGGACUCUCAGUUCUACAUGUGACUGAAGAGAGUCAGACAGACUGUUGGUGAGAGGAUGUGUGUGUGAUCCCGUGUCUUUUGUUUAAUAAACUGCAGACGUGGUUCACCAAAGA